ACCAGAGAGGUGUUCAAACAUCCUGACGUAACAACAUGGCCACCCACACGUCCCUUGUUGACUGGGAGCUAGCUUGCUAAAUUAUGUUAAAUAAGACCGUGGCAUAAAAUGAUUCGAUCGGGAUUUUAUCAAUCCCAGAUCACAAAUAUGUAUUGUGCACACAAAGCGUUUGAAAAACGAGUUCAGUAGCGAACGAUAUUGAACGUGUAGAUAGAUGGGUAACCAACCCUCGAGCUAGCUAUGCUAGCUUGAGAACAAACAAACAUUUCUUUAAGGCUAGCUAGCUACGAAAUUGAAAGAUUAAUUUACUGUGGGAAGAUGUUGGGUUUUCUAACAGCAAGACAGGCUGGACUUGACGACCCACUUCGUCUGAGACGGGCAGAGUCAACACGGAGAUAUUCUCAAUAAAUCCAUUCCAAUAAGGCAUGACAUAAGGUAUAGAUACAACAUCCUGCUGAAACAAGGGUCCUCAAUUUAGAGCUGAAUCAUGACAGAGAUGUGGAUCGAAUCCAUAGCAAUGGCGUAAACACCAUAGACAUUGAAGUCAUUGAGGGCAGAUACAUGCUAUCUGGAGGGGCAGAUGGGGUGAUUGUGGUGUAUGACCUGGAGAACAACAGCAGGAAACCCCAAUACACCUGUAAAGCAGUCUGCACUGUAGGCAGGUCCAGUCGGUAUGUCCACAGGUUCAGUGUAGAGACAGUGCAGUGGUACCCACACGACACAGGCAUGUUUGUCUCCAGCUCAUUUGACAAAACCAUGAAGGUCUGGGACACUGAGACACUAAAGCCCGCUGAAGUGUUCCAGUUUGAAGGAAACGUUUACUGUCACCACAUGUCCCCCAUUGCCAGGAAACACAGCCUCAUCGCAGUGGGUACCAAAGACCAGAAAGUACAGCUCUGUGACCUGAAGUCUGGCUCACGCAUCCAGGUUUUGCAGGGUCACAGAGGUGAGGUCCUAUCUGUUCGAUGGUCGCCAAGAUAUGAGCACAUUUUAGCUACAGCCAGUACUGACAGCAGGGUGUUGGUGUGGGAUGUGCGUCGGGCCUCAGGGAGCCUGUUCUCUCUGGAUCAACACAACGGGGACAAGUCCAAGGCCUCGUCAGAGGCAGUGAACACAGCCCAUAAUGGAAGGGUAAAUGGCCUCUGCUUCACGGUCGACGGCCUCUACCUUCUCACCACGGGAACAGACGACCGCAUGAGGCUGUGGAACAGUGCCAAUGGAAAAAACACACUGGUGAAUUAUGGGAAGGUGAGUAACGAAAGCCGUAAAGGGUUAAAGAUCACAGUGUCUCGUAGCUGUAGCCCGGAGUUUGUGUUUGUACCUUGUGGCAGCUCAGUGGCGGUGUACACUCUACACACCGGGGAACUCGUAACCAUGCUGAGGGGACACUACAACAACGUGGACUGCUGCCAGUUCCACCCCGACUACCAGGAGCUGUACAGCGGGGGUAAAGACUGUAACAUCCUAGCCUGGGUUCCUGUUGUACGACCACCAGACGUGGAGGAAGGGACCGCCGUCAAGGGUGGGAGCCAGGCUACGGUGAAUCCUGCUUUUGAAGACUCAUGGAGCAGUGAUGAGGACUGAAGCAUAAGCACAACUGUACAGCCCUACUCCUUCGGACAUUAUGCAUCUGUACAGCCCUACUCCUUCGGACAUUAUGCAUCUGUACAGCCCUACUCCUUCGGACAUUAUGCAUCUGUACAGCCCUACUCCUUCGGACAUUAUGCAUCUGUACAGCCCUACUCCUUCGGACAUUAUGCAUCUGUACAGCCCUACUCCUUCGGACAUUAUGCAUCUGUACAGCCCUACUCCAUCGGACAUAGCUUUAGGAAUCUCAUCAUGGUGCUAGCUUUAGGAAUCUUAUCAUGGUGCUAGCUUCAUGAAUCUCAACAUGGUGCUAGCUUCAGGAAUCUCAACAUGGUGCUAGCUUCAGGAAUCUCAUGUUGCAUCUGAAGACAUAAACUGCAUUUGUAGUUUUUUUUUAACAUCUACUGUGGAGUUGGAGAAUUAACCUUAAUAGACUUUGAAUCUCUGUUGUGAUAUCUGAUUUAUCUUUUAUUUUAUAUACAAAAUGGAAAUCUACGCUGAGUGUAUGAAACAUUAGGGACACCUUCCUAAUAUUCAGUUGCAUCCCCUUUUGCCCUCAGAACAGCCUCAAUUUGUCGGGGCACCUCUACAGGUGUCGAAAGUGUUUCACAGGGAUGCUGGCUCAUGUUGACUCCAACCCACAGUUGUGUUAAUUUAGCUGGAUGUCCUUUGGGUGUUGGACCAUUCUUGAUACACACGGGAAACUGUUAAGUGUGAAAACCCAUCUGCGUUGCAGUUAUUGACACACUCAAACCGGUGUGCCUGGCACCUACUACCAGCAGCAUACUGUCAGCAGCAUACUGUCAGCAGCAUAUUGCCAGCAGCAUACCACCCUGCAUCCCACUGCUGACUUGCCUCUGAAGCUAAGCAGGGUCGGUCCUGGUCAGUCCCUGGAUGGGAGAUCAGAUGCUGCUGGAAGUGGUGUUGGAGGGCCAGUAGGGGGCACUCUUCCCUCUGGUCUAUCUAUCCCAAUACCACAGGGGAGAUUGGGGACAUUGCCCUGUGUAGGGUGCUGUCUUUCGGAUGGGACUUUAAAUGGGUGUCCUGACUCUUUGUGGUCAUUAAAAAUCCCAUGCACUUAUCGUAAGAGCAGGGGUGUUAACCCUGUUGUUCUGACUAAAUUCCCAACCUGGCCCCACCUAAUCAUCCCCCUCAUUCCUAAUUGGCAGAUAUCACUCCUCACCUCUCCAGCUGAUGUGUGGUGCGCGUUCUGGCACAAAAAUGGCCGCCGUGCAUCACCCAGGUGGGUUCUACACGUUGGUGGUAAAUGAGGUGAGUUUCCCCGUACUAUGUGAAGAGCUUUGAGUAACUCUGUUUGUAGAAAAGCGCUAUAUAAUUCCAAUCAAUUAUUCAUUACCAUACCCCGUUCAAAGGCACUUAAAUCUUUUGUCUCCCCCAUUCACCCUCUGAAUGGCAAACAUACACAACCCAUGUCUCAAUUGUCUCAAGGCUUAAAAAUCAUUCUUUAACCUGUCUCCUCCACUUCAUCUACACUGAUUGAAGUGGAUUUAACAGGUGACAUCCAUAAGGGCUCUUAGCUUUCAACUGAAUUUACCUGGUCAGUCUAUGACAUGGAAAGAGCAGGUGUCCCUAAUGUUUUGUACACUCAGUGUAUGGUGUUGAUGAUUUGUGCAUUAAAACCUAUGGAUGGGUGUCUGCACUGUACAUUGAGCUGUAUAAUCUGUUUCUAUUGGCUGCCUUUGACGCAACAUGUACAUUGUACUUUACAUGGUGUUAAAAUCAGCUUUCCAUUAUUCCAAUGAUGACCAGGGUAAAACCAGCUGAACUGGAGCCAAACCUUUCCUCAUAGCGUCUUUGAACAUGACGUUCAAGAGACCCACCUUUCCGUCAUCAAUUCACACAUAAAUAUUUGUCAGCCAUGUCUCUCUGUUUCUCCCCUACAUUUGCAUUAUUUAUUCUGUUGUCAUUGCUAAAACCAGCUCUGUAUUGUUGUUGUUAGACGUGAUACUGAAAUCAGACUCACUUUCUCUCCUACUGGCAGCCUCAUGUUUACAUAUGAUUGGCUUGAAGGGCAUUAUUUCCCUAUAACUCACGGCAUAUUUGCAUGGUAGAAUGUUCAUGGUUCAAUGGCCAUAGUUCAUUCUAUGGCAAAAGUCGAAUUGAAAACAUUGAUUUUGUUGUAUUCCAAAUGGCAAGCUAGGACUGAUGAUUUGGUUAGCUAUAGUAAACUUGCCAGCUACUUCAGUGGCUGUUGUACACAUUUCUACCUGCAAAUUAACACAUUUCUAGCGACAAAUAUGUUAAAUUAUAGCCAUGGUAUAAUGGAGAUAAUCAACUCGGGGCUCUAUGCGUUCUCUGGAAAAUAACACAACUCUGUGGAAGGUCAGUUCCACUCUGCAUGGAACACACCUUCCACGUCAUUCAUUAUUUUCCAUAGAACGCAUAGCCUCUCUUUGAUACCUCUCUGAUACUUUUAACCUCUAGGAAACCCUACCUACAAUUAAUCCUAUCAGUCCUGAGAUUCCAGCAAAAAUCAACUUUUCAUUUGUCUGACGUUAAUUUAUCUGUAGCCCUUAUAUUUACCCUCACAAUUAAGUGUUUUACAGUUUUCUUUUCAGGAUAACCAGAUCUACGGUUGCGUUCAUGGGUUUUAUUCACAUGUCAAUAAAAAAUAUUCCGCCAAAAACAUUGAAAUGAAUUUUUAAAUGAAUUGAUAUGAAUGCUGUAAGUACUGAAAUUGUUUGCUCACUGAUAAAUUAAUAUAAAUAUCCAACCAGUCAGUGACAACUGUGUGGCGUUUGUGACAGCAAUUAUGUAAGCUUAUUAUAGUAUUAUAAACACUAUGUCCAAGGAUUUGGUA